AUGGAGCUGGCGCUGCCCAAUGACGUACUUCUCUUGAUAGGAGAGCAGCUGGAAAAUAAAGCAGACCGCUGGAACCUCAUCUUCGUCUCCCAUCACUUCCACGAUCUCUUCCUCCCGCUGGUAUAUCGAAAGGUAUCUAUAUACCAUUGGCAAGAUGCCAAUUCAUUCCUCCAUGCCAUACUGGAACGACCUGCGCUGGCGCGGGCCGUUCGGGAGCUAGACCUCGCAGACUGGCAUGCAAAAAGCGUAUCGGACGACGAAUGCAACCAAGUCCAGACUUCGGCAUCUUUGAGGACAUGGCUGGAUGCUGUAUCAUUCUCAACGCUCGAAAGUGAUCAAUGGGCCCAGAGCCUCGGACAAGGCGUUGCUGACGCCUGGGUUGCGCUCAUUCUUCCGUUGUUAAGUCAGCUCAGGAAGCUUUCACUGGCCUAUACGACAAACUCUCCAUAUUUGGACCGGAUCAUGCAAAAGGCCGUAGACUGCGAGAAGUCGUUUUCUGUCCAACCCUUCCGGCACCUCCGGGAGGUCUCAUUGCAUCAUCGGGAAGAUCUCGACCACAGCGAGCACCCGGACGAUGCGGGAGGUGAAACUCAACUAUCGUCAACACUCCUCCUGCCAUUUUUCCAACUGCCGUCUGUUCGUGCUAUCACAGCGAACUCUGUGGUGGAUCCUAGCUCUACCACUCCACCCUCUGAGGAUCUGACGGAUGAUCAGAAGCCACGCCUUGGCUUCUCCUCGAUUACCGAGAUUGAUUUGCGCGCAAGUAGUGGGAACCAUGGCAUGGAGACGUUGGUUAGUUCAUGCGCAAACCUGAAGUCAUUCAAAUACCAGCAUUCGGACUCGCACGUCCUUUCGCAUGGCUACCAACCAUCCGCCUUCCAUCGCUCUCUGACCCACAGCAAAAAGAGCCUGCAGACAUUGUGGCUGGACCACUAUGGCAGCCACUACCCCUUCACCGCUACUGGGUUAAAUCAAUCCCACGACGAGUGGUUUGGCUCCCUUGUUGAUUUCACUGCGUUACAAGAAGUCCGCGUGAGACUACCAAAUCUUCUGGACAUUCGAUAUCAGAACGAACCGACCACCCCUCUCAUGGAAUGUCUCCCAUCGUCGCUUGAGACCCUUUACAUCGAAGGAUGUGAGGAGCGUUAUCUGGGAAUGUUAGUUUCCCAAUUACAGACCGUGAUCAAAAAUCGUCGGACUCGUUUCCCUGGACUCAAGCGUCUCGAUAUCGAGGGUGCAUUCCAAAACGUAACAUCCGAGGACGAUGAUCAGGUUGCCAGCUCCGGAUCAGAAGUACUUGAAGCUGUGAUCAAGGACAAAGUAUAUCAGGCUGCUGAGCCUUUGCAUAUAGACUGUGUCAAUGCUGGGUUGGAGUUGCAUCUUCACGACCGUGCUCUGUCUGUCCCCAUUCAUUAG